AUUCGAUAUACUCGCACAUUAUGAGAUUUCCGGGAAGAGGCGCAACCCUUCCCACAAUUUUAUCGUUAGCCGCGACAAUAGGUUUAUUUCUCGUGAAUAUCAGUGUGCCAAUAACCCACAUCGAUAUUACAUUAUUGCGAAUUAAUGGGAUUAGUGCUAAACAAACUGUAUUGAGUGGUUUAUGGGGUGCAUGCAACGCAGAUUAUACGGUGUGUUCUAAUCCAAAACUCGGGUAUCAAAUAAAUCAUUUGAAUAGCACUAUUCUUGGUUAUUUGGCAGUAACGCACAUAUUAGCGGCAGUUCUUUCCUUUAUUUUGACAUGUAUCGGCGGAUGUGCACAUAAACUUUCAGUAAACAAACCACUGCUAAGAUCAGCAGCACGUCUUGCAAUUUGUGUAAUUCUUGUUGAUCUAUUGGCAUUGCUCGUCGAUUACUUAGUGUAUAAAGAGCUAAUCAGCAGCAAUGUUAAGCAAGUUGAACUUGGAAAUGGAUGGUGGAUAAUAAUCGGGAGAAAUACCAAUACUGAUACGAGGAUAUUACCCGAAUCUCUAAUGGUUGGCGAUCCAAAUCGCCGUUAUCAACAAACAUUAUCUCAAUUGGGAAAUACUAAUAAUGAUACGAAGAUAUUACCCGACUCUCUAAUGGUCGGCGAUCCGAAUUAUCGUCGUCCAUUACCAACACCACCGAAUAGAUCAUCUUAUUCAAUCAGUAAUAACUACCCUCGACGGCCAUUAAUGACACCACCAAUAUUAUCCAACCAACAUUCUACAACCCCGUUACAAUCUCCUCAUAAUAUUGAUAAUAAUGGGGAUUACUCAUAUCAACCUUCAUCAUCAUAUCAACAACAAAUUAUAACACCUACCUAUUCGACUCAUUCUUAUCGUCCACCAUCACGUCAAAACUCACAACCCUCUUAUCAGUAUCAAGAUACACGUGAUUCAAUCCGGGGGAGUGUUCAAUAUAAUCCACAAGAUCAAAGAGGAAGUGGUGGAGAUGUCAGAAAAUAA